AAUUGUUAAAAAUAUAGCCAAUGGAAAAUCAGGAUCCCGUUCCUUAAUAAUUCCUACUUCCUUCGCGUUUUAUAGUUUCCCUUUCUCCGCUUCAUCUUUACAGAUCGCGGGCCUCUCCGCCAUCAAGUCAUCAAAUUCAAGCAUGGCGCAGCCUCUCGUGAAGAAGGAUGACGACCAAGAAGACGAAGAGUAUUCUCCAUUCAUGGGGAUCGAGAAAGGAGCAGUGUUACAGGAGGCCAGGGUAUUCAAUGACCCUCAACUUGAUGCGAGAAGAUGCUCUCAGGUUAUCACAAAGCUCUUAUACUUGCUGAACCAGGGAGAAAACUUUACAAAGAUUGAAGCAACGGAGGUAUUCUUUGCAGUGACAAAACUGUUUCAGUCUAAGGAUACUGGUUUGAGAAGAAUGGUUUAUCUGAUGAUUAAAGAAAUUUCACCAUCUGCUGACGAGGUUAUUAUUGUCACUAGUUCGUUGAUGAAGGACAUGAAUAGCAAGACUGACAUGUAUAGAGCUAAUGCAAUAAGGGUUCUUUGUAGAAUUACUGAUGGCACUCUUCUAACUCAAAUUGAGAGGUAUUUGAAGCAAGCAAUUGUCGACAAGAAUCCAGUUGUUGCCAGUGCUGCUCUUGUCAGUGGUAUUCAUUUGCUUCAGACGAAUCCCGAAAUUGUGAAAAGGUGGAGCAAUGAGGUUCAGGAAGCUAUCCAAUCAAGGGCUGCCCUUGUACAGUUUCAUGCAUUGGCUCUACUUCACCAGAUUAGGCAAAAUGAUCGUUUGGCUAUAAGCAAACUGGUUACCAGCUUGACAAAAGGAUCAGUUCGCUCACCUUUAGCUCAAUGCCUUCUGAUUCGAUACACAAGCCAGGUGAUUCGAGACUCAAGUGCAAAUAGUCAAACAGGAGAACGGCCUUUAUCUGAUUAUCUUGAAGCUUGUUUAAGGCAUAAAGCUGAUAUGGUGAUAAUUGAAGCAGCAAGAGCCAUUACGGAGUUCAGCGGUGUCACAAACAGGGAGCUCACUCCCGCAAUUACUGUAUUACAAUUAUUUUUGAGUUCAUCCAAACCAGUUCUCCGUUUUGCUGCUGUUCGUACGCUAAAUAAGGUUGCGAUGAAAUAUCCUUUGGCUGUUACAAAUUGCAACAUUGAUAUGGAAAGCUUAAUCUCUGAUCAGAACCGGAGUAUUGCUACACUUGCUAUUACCACCCUUUUGAAGACGGGUAAUGAAUCUAGUGUAGACCGCUUGAUGAAACAAAUUUCAAAUUUUAUCUCAGACAUUGCGGAUGAGUUCAAGAUUGUUGUUGUGGAAGCUAUAAGAUCUCUGUGCUUAAAGUUUCCUCUCAAGCAUCGGUCACUGAUGAAUUUCUUAAGCAAUAUUCUUAGAGAAGAAGGGGGCUUUGAGUACAAAAAAGCUAUAAUUGAUUCCAUUGUCAUUCUCAUUAGAGAUAUACCAGAUGCUAAAGAAACUGGCCUGUUUCAACUCUGCGAGUUUAUAGAAGAUUGCGAAUUCACUUAUCUAUCAACUCAGGUACUACACUUUUUGGGAAAUGAAGGGGUGAAGACGUCAGACCCGAGUAAGUACAUAAGGUACAUUUAUAAUCGUGUGAUCCUUGAGAAUGCAACUGUUAGAGCUGCUGCUGUGAGUACCUUGGCAAAAUUUGGCUCCAUGGUUGAAUCGUUGAAGCCUCGCAUCUUUGUUCUUUUGAGACGUUGCCUAUUUGAUAGUGACGAUGAGGUUCGUGACCGCGCAACACUUUAUCUAAAUAUGCUUGGGUGGGAUGGUUCAGUUAGUGAAGCUGAUAAAGGAGUGAAAGAAUUUCUCUUUGGUGCAUUGGAUGUGCCACUUGUGAACUUGGAAAUAAGUUUGCGGAGCUAUGAGCCUUCCAAGGAGCCCUUCAACCUAUCUGCUGUACCAAAAGAAGUCAAGUUACAGCCACUUACAGAGAAGAAAGCUCCAAGCAAAAAGCCUCCGAGUUUUGGGGUUUCUGCCAAUGGCCCUACCUCACCUGUUGAUGCUUAUGAAAAGCUGCUUUCAUCGAUUUCUGACUUUUCAAGCUUUGGGCAGUUGUUUAAGUCUUCCGCACCUGUAGAGUUGACAGAAGCUGAAACUGAGUAUGCAGUUAAUGUUGUUAAACACAUCUACAGCGGGCAUAUUGUUUUCCAAUAUAAUUGUACAAAUACCAUACCUGAGCAGCUAUUGGAAAAUGUCACUGUUAUAGUCGAUGCUUCUGAAGCAGAAGAAUUUGUUGAAGUUGCAUCAAAGCCAUUGAAAACAUUACCUUAUGAUUCACCAGGGCAGACAUUUGUUGCUUUUAAGAAACCAGAUGGUCUUCUAGCCACUGGGAGAUUUUCAAACUUUUUGAAAUUCCGAGUGAAAGAGGUAGACUCAGCUACCGGGGAAGCUGAAGAAGAAGGUGUUGAGGAUGAAUAUCAGCUAGAAGAUGUUGAAGUUGUUGCAGCAGACUAUAUGUUGAGGGUGCCUGUCUUAAACUUCAGAAAUGCUUGGGAAAGCAUGGGUUCAGAUUUUGAGCGUAUUGAUGAGUAUGGACUUGGGGUGCGGGAAAGCUUGUCCGAGGCCGUCACUGCUGUCAUUAACAUUCUUGGCAUGCAGCCAUGCGAAGGAACUGAAGUCGUGCCUAAUAAUGCAAGGUCCCACACUUGUUUGCUCUCUGGUGUAUUCAUUGGCAAUGUGAAAGUACUUGUUAGACUAUCAUUCGGGAUAGACGGGCCCAAACAAGUUGCAAUGAAACUUGCAGUCAGAUCUGAAGAUGAAGCAAUCAGUGAUGCUAUUCAUGAAAUUGUGGCCAAUGGCUAAUUUCCAAUUUUGAAACAGAAAGGAGUUGCAGUAACAGAAACUGGAUGAGGUUUGUGGAUAUUAUUCUUGAGGUUGAAGAGUGGUUUCUCUUUUAAUUUACAUCAGAUCUUUGCUGUUUUGCUGUUUUGUAGAAUAUAAUGGAACAUGUUUUCUAGGUCGAUUAUUUGGAAUAUGAGUCUUGCUAAACUUUGAAAACCUACAGCAGCAAUAAUUUCUGUUUUAGGUCCAUCUAGUUUUGGUAUUUAAUAGAAGCAAAAUUUAAGAA